AUGAUUCUACACUUUCCUAUACAUGUUACUUUCAUAUACUUCUGGUACCUUUUGUCUCAGUAUUCUUAUGCAGCAGUAGUUCCAUUUAGAGAUUCUAUAGAACUAGUAUUCACUCCUGAGGAUGUAAAAAAGACAACAGACUAUGUAUUUUGGAAGGUUCCCGAAGUUAAGAAGAAUUUUAAAACCACUGUUAAACAAAAGAUGCUUAAUAUGUUGUUGAACAAAGAUCUUCAAGAUAUAAAUCCCAAUCCACCUUUUGUUUAUGAGAAUGAAAUAGACGACGAAGGUGAUAGAUUAUUUGCAGAACAGGAACAUAAUGAUCAAAUACUUGGACAGGCACAACAGAAUCGGCUUGCAGAUUCUUUCCAAACAGUGGAAAUUGAUAUCAAGAAACCUUAUGGUCUUGUUCAUUCAGUUUUGAAAGGACCUCCACCGACAGGGAAGAAGAAGGCGAAAAUAACUGUACAUAAUCCAAAUGUUAAUUCAAAUAAAGUUGAAAUAGCCAAAAUGAAGGUAAACAAAGAAAUGGAAGAAGUAGUUGCAGGAUUACCAGAACUUUCCAAUGAGGAGUUGCAAAAAUUCCAAAAUGAACAUAUGGGUUAUCUGCGUCCUACCAAAAUCAAGAAUGAUAAACAUGACUUUGGAGAAAAGUUCAAGAAACUUCCAGCGAUCCCAAAUAGCAACGUGCAAAGUAUAGAUGCUAAGCAGAAUGAAGAUUAUGAGGAUGACGAAGAAGAAGACGAAGAGGAGAAGGAGGACGAUUAUGAUAACGUAGAAGAGAAUAUUAAAGGUAGCAAAACGGGGUUUGGUAAUAAACACGUAGCCAAAGGAAAGACAAAGAAGAAAUCCAAAGAUCCAUUUUAUGACGAUUGA